CACUCACCCAGUCACCCUCCAUAACUCUUCUCCUCCUCUCUCCCAGUCUCACUCCCCUCACUUCGUGCAUGGUCUUCAGAGUAGUAGAGAGAGCAGGAGGAGGAGCACGAGAGAGGAGCAGCGAAGAAGAAGAAGAAGAGCAGCAGGCAGCUUCCGAUGUGCUGCUACGUGGGCAAGGCCACCAAGAUCUUCCUGUGCCUCGUGGCGGCGCUCCUGGUCGCGGGCCUCGUCCUCGGCUUCGGCCUGGCCCGCCACACGUGGGGAGCCGAAAGGACCCGGCAGCAACCGGACUGCCGCUGGCCCGACUGCCAGCAGCAGCACCAGGGCGGCGACCCCCCGCUCGUCCCGGAUGCCGUCACCACGCAGCCCAACCCGCUCACGCAGCCGGCCGUCGCCGCGUUCCCCGGUGCCACCGCCACCCCGUCGCCGUCCGCCGCCGUCGCCGCGCCGCCCACGGGCGUGCCGUACUUUGGACCACCUGGCCCGUUCGUCGUGGGCCUCGGCCCAGCUGCUCAUGCGUGAGGGGGGCUGUCUUUUUCUUUUUUUUCUUUACUUUUGCUCGUAGUCCUCUCCCUUCUGGAAUCAGUGCUUCAGUAUUGUUUAUUAUUACUGUAUCAUUUUUUAUAUGUUUCGCUAGUUUUUGACCCGUUUCGCUGUACAGUUUGGUAAAUUAAUCCGGUUCUCCCCCUC